CUAGCCCCAGUGUGUCUGUAGCGCGUGUGCGCGCGCGCGCCGUGUCUCUGCGCGCCCCUGCUGUUGGAUGUGAGCUGCUGUUGUGUGUUUCUCUCUCAUGGAGGUUUUUCAGGAACUAACAGGAAAGCAGGAGAAACUCUGAAAACUUUUAGACGCUCGAGCGGUGCGUGCGGCUGACGCGCGGCCCGCGGCUUCUGCGCCGCGUUUGCAGUGGAUCCGGACUGUGUUUUGGAGGAUUACUGGAUUCCGCGAUGGCCGGAGUGUGUCCCGCUCCGCCGCUCUGGUAUCACCGGGAUCUGAGUCGCGCGGCGGCGGAGGAGCUGCUCGCUCGAGCCGGGCGGGACGGGAGUUUCCUGGUGCGGGACAGCGAGAGCGUGAACGGCGCGUACGCGUUAUGCGUGCUGUUUCAGAAACAUGUUCACACAUACAGGAUCCUGCCUGAUGAGGAGAACUUCCUAGCGGUGCAGACAUCGCAGGGCGUUCAGCCCAAGCGGUUUAAGACUCUUCCUGAGUUGAUUCAGUUGUAUCUUCAGCCCAGUCAAGGUCUGGUGACCACACUGCAGUUUCCAGUGGAGAGAGAGGAAACCACAGAGGAGAGAGAUUACUCUGAUGGUGAAGAUGAGAAGCCCCCCCUCCCUCCACGCACCGCCUCCACCAGCAGCCCCGCAGGCUCCGCCCUCGUCAGUCCAGACACGCCCCCUGAGAACGUGACGGCGUCUAACGGGUUGAGCACCAUCUCGCACGAGUAUCUGAAGGGCAGCUACGCUCUGGACCUGGAGGCUGUGAAACAGGGAGCGAACAGCCUGCCGCACCUCAACAAGACGCUCGUGUCGUCCUGCAAACGCCUGCAUGGGGAGGUGGAUAAAGUUCUGUGCGGCCUGGAGAUCCUGUCCAAGGUCUUCGAUCAGCAGAGCGCCUCCAUGGUGUCCAGAAUGAUCCAGCAGUCCAUGUCUCAGGGUGGAGAUCAGGAGCUGGAGCAUCUGGUCACUAAACUGGCCAUCCUGAAGGAUCUGCUGUCGUCUAUAGAGAAGAAGGCUCUGAAGGCACUUCAGGAUAUGAGCUCAUCUACUCCGGCCAUCUCACCGCUGCUGUCCAUCAGACACAAAGCUAUUCCUGUGCAAACCUUCGAGGUGAAACUGGACGUGUAUCUGGCUGACCUGACGAAGAUCGGGAAGAGUCAGAAGUACUCGCUGAGUGUGGAUGUGGAGGGAGGAAAACUGGUGGUGAUGAAGAAAAUGAAGGAUGCACAGGAGGACUGGAACACGUUCACUCACGACAAGAUUCGGCAGCUGAUUAAGUCUCAGCGUGUUCAGAAUAAACUUGGAAUCGUCUUUGAGAAGGAAAAAGACAAAAGCCAGAGGAAAGAUUUCAUCUUUGCCAGCGCAAAAAAAAGGGAAGCAUUCUGCCAACUGCUGCAACUCAUGAAGAACAAGCAUUCCAAUCAGGAUGAGCCGGAUAUGAUCUCCAUCUUCAUCGGAACAUGGAACAUGGGCAGUGUUCCUGCUCCUAAAUCGAUGGGAUCAUGGAUUUUAUCUCGAGGCUUGGGGAAAACUCUGGAUGAAAUGGCGGUCACGAUCCCUAAUGACAUCUAUGUGUUCGGUACGCAGGAGAACUCUGUGUGUGAUAAGGAAUGGGUGGAAGCGCUCCGCUGCGCCCUCAAAGAAUACACAGAGAUCGACUAUAAACCGAUUGCAGUGCAGACGCUGUGGAACAUUAAGAUCGUGGUCUUAGUGAAGGCGGAACACGAGAACCGCAUCAGUCACGUGGGAAUGUCCAGCGUCAAAACGGGAAUCGCCAAUACACUCGGAAACAAAGGAGCAGUGGGCGUGUCCUUCAUGUUUAAUGGAACAUCGUUUGGUUUCGUUAACUGUCACCUGACGUCCGGCAAUGAAAAAAUCCACAGACGCAACCAGAACUAUCUGGACAUCCUGCGUCAGCUGUCGUUGGGCGAUAAACAGCUGAACUCCUUCGACAUCUCGCUGAGAUUCACGCAUCUGUUCUGGUUUGGCGAUCUCAACUACCGUCUGGACAUGGACAUUCAGGAAAUCCUCAACUACAUCAACAGGAAGGAAUUUGAGCCAUUGUUGAAGGUGGACCAGCUAAAUCUGGAGAGGGAGAAGAACAAAGUCUUCCUUCGGUUCGCGGAGGAGGAGAUCACCUACCCGCCCACGUACCGAUAUGAGCGCGGCUCCCGAGACACGUACGUCUGGCAGAAGCAGAAAGCCACAGGGAUGCGGACCAACGUUCCUUCAUGGUGCGACAGAAUUCUCUGGAAAUCGUAUCCUGAGACACACAUCGUUUGCAACUCUUACGGCUGUACGGAUGACAUCGUCACCAGCGAUCACUCGCCCGUCUUCGGCACGUUUGAGGUGGGCGUGACCUCACAGUUUGUCUCCAAGAAAGGUCUGCCCAAGUCUUCCGAACAGGCGUAUAUUGAGUUUGAGAACAUCGAAGCCAUCGUGAAGACGGCCAGCAGAACCAAAUUCUUCAUCGAGUUUUAUUCGACGUGUCUGGAGGAGUUUAAGAAGAGCUAUGAAAAUGACACUCAGAGCAGUGAUAACGUGAACUUCCUGCGUGUGGGCUGGUCCUCCAAACAGCUGACGACACUCAAGCCCAUCUUAUCCGACAUCGAGUAUCUACAGGACCAACAUCUUCUGCUGACGGUCAAAUCUCUGGACGGAUACGAAUCAUACGGUGAGUGUGUUUUGGCUCUGAAGUCGAUGAUUGGCAGCACAGCGCAGCAGUUUCACACGUAUCUGUCCCACCGCGGUGAGGAGACGGGAAACAUCCGUGGCUCCAUGAGGGUCCGAGUGCCGUCAGAGCGCAUGGGCACAAGAGAACGACUAUACGAGUGGAUCAGUGUUGACAAGGACGAGACGGGCGGACCCAAAGGCAGAACUCUUCCUCCGAGAGCCGGACACGAUUAUGUCAAACCGUCCACCAGCAGGAAGUUGGGGUCAGCUGACCUCGGUAAGGUAUCGGAGGAGGGAGAUAAGAGCAUCACGGGGCGACAUCCACACACACACUCUUCGAAAGAAGACAGCGCACAGAACAGAGGCAAACAGGAUCCGUUUGAUGGUGACGCCACAACAUGCAAAAACAGCUUCAAUAACCCCGCCUACUACAUUCUAGAAGGCGUUCCCAACCAAUCCGCUCUGGCCUCUGACCUCCUCCCAGGCUCCGCCCUCCCUCCAUUAGCCAAUAAAACAGCUGCUCCUGUGGGAGGCGUGGGGAAAAACAAGCCGCCCAGUGGGAGUUCGGCGCAGGGCCGCUGGCAGACGGGUGGGCGCCCGGUUCGCCCCAUCAGCGAGGAGGGGUCUUCGGAGGAUGACGGGAACAUUGGGCCUCACGUCGGGUCGCUGAAUCGCCCUCCGCCUGAUUUCCCUCCUCCGCCGCUGCCCAAAGGAGCUCUGGAGAUGGCGGAGAACUCGUUCGGAAAACCGCGGAUGUUUCCGGACCUCGCCGACGUCAAGAUACCGCCUCCGUCUGCUGUUCCGUCCAAACCGCUGUCGUCUCCCAGCUUUGUAUCGCCCCCUGGAGGAGGUGUGGCUUUCUGCCUGGAGACUCCGCCCAUGCUAAACCCAACCCCCGCCCCUUUCCGUCGAGGAGGCGGAGCCUCUGGACUAGACGACCAGUCGUGUUCUGUCCUGCAGAUGGCCAAAACGCUGAGCGAGGUGGAGUAUCCGUCGGGGAGAGAGCGAGGCGGGGUCGUGAAGGGGGCGGCGGCUCCUCACAUGAGAGGCCUGACCUUCCCGCCGCGCUCCAUACAGGAGGAGAGCAUCGCUGAAGACCUGCCUGAGGAGGGCAUGUGGCAUGACGAGAGCAGCAGCAGCAGUCUGUCGGUGGAGGUCAGUGUGGGCGAGUGGUUGCAGAAGCUCGGUCUGCAGCAUUAUGAGGAAGGGCUGCUGCACAACGGCUGGGACGAUCUGGAGUUCCUCAGUGACAUCACAGAGGAGGAUCUGGAAGAGGCGGGUGUUCGUGACCCCGCCCAUAAGAAGAUCCUGUUGGCCAGCUUAAAACAGCAGCAGCAAAAGUGAGCCGAUCCCGAUCCGGACCGAGCCGGCAGAAUCCGGCCUGAACUUUGCACUGGUAGAAUUUAAUCUCAUGUCAUUAUAGUUUGUGAUAUUAUUUAAACAAGUCGACGUGUCAAAAAAGAUGUUUCACUACAGCCCCGCCCUCCACUUCCUGUCGUCUGCAUCCGGAGGAAGUGACAUCAUCAGAGCAUUCCUCACCUUUGAGCUGAAGGUGACUGAAGUGUUAGUGUUUUUUGUGCAUGUUUCAUGACUUUAAAGGAAAGGGAAAUAAGCCAAAACCAGCCGUGACUUGAAGCAGUGUGUGUUCGUGUGUGUUUGUCAACACGAGGGACGUUCGUUUCUCUUCGUUCAGAGGAUGUUUGGUUUGUGUGAAAGAUCAGAGGACGUUAUAACACAAUCCCCUCAGCAGGUGGCGCUGCACCAUCAUCAUGAGCUUUUGAGAGGAAACAGUUCAAUUCAUAUUUUACACGUGAAUCUUUUUCUAUUUGUUGGUUCAUUCUGAUGUGAGAUUCAAAUGCUGAUUCAUUUCUAACAGAAUUCAGACCCGGCGUUUGUUUGUCAGUCUCACGUUUCCACAGACGUCACAUGAGGUUCAGUGUGGGAAAGCUUGAGUUUACCUCGUUCUGUUUAAAUGAAGCACUCCAUGUUUAGCUUUGUUUGUUUUAUUUAACAGUCUUUAAUGUUAUAAUUAUGGGGUGUUUCUCCUAAAAUGCAUGUAUAUGUUCUAGCAGAAUUAUUCUAGAUAUCAUUUCUUUGUGUAUUAAGUUUUAACUUAAGAAGUCUUUCACGCUUCAUUCAUUUCUUUGCUGUAUAAUCAUUUUAACUCUGUUGUUAAUAUUUGUGUUUGACUGCUAAUGACUGUCCUUUUUAAUGUGUUUUUCUUUUUUCAGUUUAAUAAAAACUAAAAUCACCAUCAGUAAAAGAAA